CGUCGGCACAAACCCCGCCCACCGGCGAGCGCGCACACAUUCCCAUUGUCCAAGAUGGCGGCGUAGGUGCAGCGUAUACGAUGCCUAUGUUUUUAUCGCGGUUUUACCGUUAUUAUUUUCCCUGCUUCUCGCGGAACGUUUCUUUGCGGUGCGAACGCGCGUGUCGCUUUUCCAGCCCGACAUCUUGAUGUGCAGCGCGUCUGAAACCGCGGACUUUGUUGUGCAUCCGGUCUGGAUUCUGUUUGGCUCAGGAAAAGUUUGAGCAUCCGAAAAUGAAAAGGCAGGCCGAGCGGGACUCCAGUCCGAGCAGAGCUCUCGCUAAACGGAUACGGGAGAGAGAACGAGACCGCGAAGGGAGCCGCAGGGAAGAUGCAGCAGCUGGUAAUCAGCCGCCGCUCGCGCUGCUUCUCGCCGAGAGCCGGAGCUACCAAAAACAACAGCAGCAGCAGCAGCAGCAGCAGCGCGCGCGGAGCCGCAGCGGCGAGCGCGAGAAGCCCCGUGCGCGGGAAGAGCGAGCAGGCCUCCUCCCGCGGCCUCCGUCCAUCAUCCCGAAAAGCAAAGCCGCCGUCGCGGACGCGCUCGGGAGCAGCAGGGGCGCGAGCGGACUGGAAUACAAGACCUUGCUCAUUAGCAACUUGGGCUCGCAGCUGUCUGACGAGCACGUGGAGGACGGGUUGUUUCACGAGUUCAAGAAGUUCGGAGACGUUAGCGUUAAGCUCUCGCACACGCCCGAAUUGGGCCGGAUCGCCUACGUGAAUUUCCGGCAGCCGGAGAGCGCGCGAGAGGCGCGCCACGCCAAGGCCAGGCUCGUGCUGUAUGACCGGCCGCUCAAAAUUGAGCCCAUGUACGUGCGGCGUCGCAGCCUCACGCCGCCUGACGUCGCCUACGUGCCUCUGCAUGGCCCGUAUCCCUAUAGGCAGCGGUCUCUCUCUCCUGGAGCCAGCGCGAUUCGGGACGUGAGAACUAGACAUUAUGUGGAUACUCUGAGUCUGCGGGAACGGGAGCGCGUUUUGGACUAUUACAGUGCUUUGGAAGAGCGAAGCCGUGCCUAUGCGUACCCCCUGCCCGAGGACGAUUUAAUGCCAGAGGAUGACCAGCGUGCCACCAGGAACUUGUUCAUCGGCAACCUGGACCACAAUGUGUCUGAGACAGAGCUGCGUCAAGGUUUCGACAAGUAUGGCAUUAUCGAGGAGAUUGUCAUCAAACGACCUGCUCGUGGACAAGGCUGCGGCUACGGGUUCAUCAAGUUCCAGAACCUGGACAUGGCGCACAGGGCCAAAGUGGCCAUGCAGGGCCGUGUGUUUGGUGGAAACCAGGUAAAGAUUGGCUAUGGCAAAGCCAACCCCACUACGCGCCUGUGGGUGGGUGGUUUGGGCCCUAACACCUCGCUGGCUGCUUUGGCACGGGAAUUUGACCGUUUUGGCAGCAUUCGCACUAUUGAUUAUAUGAAAGGGGACAACUUUGCGUACAUCCACUAUGAGAGCCUGGAUGCGGCCCAGGCGGCGUGUGCCCAGAUGCGGGGUUUCCCUCUGGGUGGCCGCAGGCUACGCGUUGACUUCGCCAAAGCAGAGGAGGCACGAUCCUACCCGCAGCAGUACCCACCGCCCAUCCCGCUGCCCUCACAUUAUGAUAUCUUAGCUGACGGUUUUGGUCGCCAUCGGAGCCUGGAGAGGGAACUUAGAGCACGGGCCCGCUCACCUUCCCAUCCUCUUUAUGCAGAAAGGGAACGAGAACGAGGGCUCCCUGAACGAGACUGGAGUCCUCCAAAGGGUACAGAGCGGAGGAGUAACCCAGAAGCCUUUGGUCGUACAAGAGCACGCAGUCGUAGCAGAGAGCGCUGGCCGAAGGGCUGGGAGGAAAGGCGUAAGCGCCGGAGCCGAACUCGGAGUCGAAGUCUCAGUCCUGGUGAGCAGUAUGAGGAAAGAGGACGGUCUAGGGUGCGAGCAGGUCCUCCCAGAACUCCAGACGACAGCCCUGAGCGAACUCGCGGCCGCCUCCCUGACUCCACAUCCGAUCCGCAAGAUCACACACCUGACAGCAGUCGCCAUUCCAGCGAUGAACGACCAACGCAGGACGCUCGGAAAGCCGGGGAUCCCGAGCGCAACCAUCGCAAAACUGAUACAGAGCCAGACUCGCACUCGGAAAAGCCCAAAAGCGAACCCAAGAAGCCCAGCACACUCUCGGAAUACGCCCAGACCCUCAGCCGAGUGUGGCACGGCUCCCUCGUCCUGAAGAACAGCUGCUUUCCCACUAGCAUGCACCUCCUGGAUGGAGGAGCCAACUUCUUCCUCUCACUUCUGAAGGACCAGACAGACAGCGGCAAGAUCACGCAGCUCAAGAUCGCUCAGAGACUGCGGCUCGACCAACCCAAGCUGGACGAAGUGAGUCGCCGCAUCAGGCUGGGUGGCGCCGAUGGCUACACCGUCCUUCUGGCCGUACAGGGACCCAUGGAUCGUGACUCGCCCCCGCCCGAUGGGCUCCAGAAGCGCUUCCUUCGCAACCUGGUGACCUACCUCAGGAGCAAACAGGCAGCUGGGGUUAUCGGUCUGCCUCUGGGCGGCCCAAAAGAACGUGAGACAGGAGGGAUGCUAUACGCGUUCCCGCCUUGUGACUUCUCCCAGCAAUACCUCCAGACUGUUCUCAAAACUCUGGGCAAAGUAGAGGAGGAACAUCUGGUUGUUGUGGUGGUUAAAGACUCGACUCAACCCUAACCAUUGUGAUCUACUGUUUUCUUUUGAAAACAUACAAGCAUACAUUUUUAACACUCCAGACUUUUAAGUUACAGGCGAACAGUUUUGUUGAUGGAUAUGCUUGAUACCUUUCACACAUUCACCAACCGUGAAGUUAUAACGUUCUCUAUACACACUAUUUUAAAGCAACUUACCUUUUUUUUUUCAGUCUGUGUUUUUUUUUGUAUACUUGAGAAUUUUGACAGAUGGUUGUUUUUAAUUGUUUUUAUCAACUUUUAGUUCCUGAUUUGCACCUCAUUUUCGGAAGUGUUUUCUGAGCUUGAAUACAGAAGGCAAUUUCAGAGGUUCCUCUCCAUUGAGCUAAUGUAAUGGAUGUCUAUUCGACAGAAAGUGAAGACUAGUUAUGAGUAAUGUCGAAGACUUUUUUUUUUUUUCUUUUCUCCGUAGCUUCCUUUCGCCUGUGCAAUUUAAUAGAAAACUCAAUGUUUUUUUUUUUUUUUUUUUGUUUUUUUUUGUUGGCUUUGUUAUCCUGACUGACCAAUUGUGGAUUUUAAUAUGCGCAUUACAGGGAAGAGGGACGUUUGUCAUUACAGGCAUCUACCUCUGGAAUGGUUUAGGUUGUGUUGUGAUUUUUUUUAUUUGAUUUUUUUUUUUUCCCUCCAAUGAAAUAUCUUCAGUAAUAUUUCUGACAAACACAUUCAGCAUUAACAGAUAAUGUUCAAGAGUACGCUGGUUUACGCUGUACCUGUCAACACUAUUUUAAACACUAAGACUUGUGCACUAGUGUGACGUUAGUGCAGAAUGUUGAUGAUCGUUUUUAAGUUUCUCUCUACAGCGAAAUUAAGCCAUGGCAAGCUAUUUUAAUUAUUAUUAUUAUUAAUUUUAUUUUUUUUUAAAAAAAAAACAAAUUAAGCUGAAGUUACAGUCAAACACUGUGUCAACAAACAGUUUUGCAAAGGGACUACAGUCAUUCAACACUAUUUCAUUUGCUUGUUCACUCUGAAACUGUAUUGGAACACAUUCCUCAGCCGUUCCCAGACACUCCACUCUUAUUAUCCCAUGUGCAGCUUUUUUUCCUUCAUUGUUUUUCACCAUGUGUUUGAACGACGUAUGCUAUGUUUGAAAAAAAGUGUAAGUAAACAUUUCAGAUUCUUGUUUUUAAA